AACUCCUUUUUCCUUUCUUCCUUCUCUUUUGCUUUUGCCUAUCUUACCCGUACUUGCCUUUUUUUCGUGGGCCUCUUUCUUCUUCUUCUUUUCAAUCGUUAGCCAACAGUAUCCAUUCUCGUUAUGUUUAAAUCCAAGCCUGCUGCAACAGAAUCCACUACUUCAGAAAAAGAUCAAGGGCACUGGGUAUCCGAUCCUAUUCUGAACCCGCCGGCCGAUUUCGUUGCUCCACAGUCCCCGGCUUUGGACGCAUCACAGCAAGAAAAGCUUGACCAACUGCGAAACUAUGUUCAGACCAUCAUGCUUCCUUCUGACCACGAGUAUUAUCCCAGCGAAAAAGGAUUUUUGACAGAUGCCACCUUGAAACGUUACAUGCGCGCAAGAAAAUGGGAUUUCGAGGCCGCCAAAAAGAUGCUAGAAAACACAAUUCAAUGGCGCCGAGAAUAUCGUCCUGAAGAAUUGGAUCCCGAGUAUAUCCGUCCCGAGGCCACCACGGGCAAAAUGUACUUUAAUGGAUUUUCCAAAGCUGGUCGACCUCUGUGGGUCAUGCGUCCACGUCAUCAGAAUUCAAAGGAUGGAGAGCGACAAGUCAAGCAUAUCGUAUUCUGUCUCGAACGGGGGAUUCGGUUAAUGCCUCAAGGAGUUGAAACAUUGGAUAUCUUGAUCGAUUUCAAGGACUCUUCUUCAUCGCAGAAUCCUAGCUUGGGCACCGCUAAAAAAUUCCUGGACAUUCUCAGCAAUCAUUAUCCUGAACGUCUCGGAACAGCAUUUCUCAUUAAAUCUCCCUGGUUCUUCUUUACCAUGUUCAAAAUGAUCUCGCCUUUGAUUGAUCCUGUGACGAAGAGCAAAAUUAGCUUUGUUCACGACGAGAAUACAGUCAAAGAUGACAAGGCCUCCAGCGACAAGGUCUUCCUCCAAGAUUACAUCGAUAUCGACACACUGGAAUCUGAGUUUGGUGGGCGAUACCCGUUCAAAUUUGAUAUCGACACUUACUGGACCCAACUGCUGCAAAAGACCGGCAAUCCCUAUAAAGUCAUAGAUUAUAUGUAGAUGCUUUUAUAUUGGUUAUAUAUCGAAUUAAGAAAAAAAAACAUAUAUCUUCAAGAAAGAUGGCUUGUUGUUCAAAGUCAUUUUCUCGGAUUGGAGGGCAAAGCAGCUACAGCAUGAGUGUGACUUGUUCC